AUGCGUUCCUUCUGGACCCUGACGGUCACAAUCUUUUUCUCCUUUCUGCUGAGCACCACAGCACAGAUAGUCUACCUGUCUAAAGUGCUUCCGGAUGAGUACAAGCAAGCUGCGACCUGUCAAGAAACUUCUAUCUCAGCCGGCGACGCUCUCUGCGCCUUCAACGGCACUGGCUACGUCCUUUCCAGCCCCGUUCUGCCUGUUGCCGUUCCGGAGACUCUUCUCUGUGAGGACACCCAACAGAACGGACAAGGAGAAGAUUUCAGUGUUAGUAGCACUGCUGUCGUCUACGGGCCCUCCACUUCUUCCCAUACUGACUGGCCCUCAACUUCCGUGCCACGACUCACACGCACUUCGACUGCCUACACUACCAUUAGAGUCAUCGCACUGAGCACGACCUUGGAAGUCCCUACUGCUACCUCCACCCCCAGUCCUACCCGGCUCAAACGAAACUACCCCUGCUCCAACGCACGCACCGAGCCCCCAUCCACCGACUGGCCCACCCCCACCCCCGUGAGUCUCCACGAGCUCGUCGGAUUCCCAACCCCCGAAGAAUCACCCUCCCCAACCUCCACCCGUCACCUCUCCACCUCCACCUCGACAAUCUACAUGUACAAAGGCUCCGUGGUCCCUGCGACCUUCUCUCCUCAGGAAACCGGCACCGCUAGCCGCGUCACGGUGCUUGUGACCUUUACUGCCAAAGCAUCGAAGACCACCGUCACUGAUGAGAGCCCUGACCUUACUACUCUGACCGGCACUCACUCCCCUACUCACAAGGGAGCGGCAAAUUCCGCCUCCGCAGAGUUGGUGACGGCAUCACUGUGGGUGCUGGGUUGCAUCAUGGUCUGCAUGGCAAUUAUCUGCUUGUGGCUGAUGUGGGAUGACAACUGA